AUGAGUAUAUCAUUCAAACCACAAAAUACUAAGGCAGUUGCCACGAAACGAAUAAUAAGAGAUUUGAGAGAUCUUCAAAAACUGCCUGUACCUGGACUUGGCGUUAGCUGUCCAGAUGAAUCGAAUCCAUUUCUUUUACAUUGUAAUGUAUUGAUCAACGAUGGUCCUUAUCGUGGCGUUAUGAUUCAUUUAAUUCUUCAUAUUCCCGAAGAUUAUCCAUUAACAGGUCCUGCUGGAAAUAUAGCACCGGGCUUAGAAUUCGAUUCGACUUAUCAUGGUCAUAUUCAUGAGGACAGAAUACAUGGACAUGCUUUAUGUAAUGAUUUAUUAACAAAUUAUGCUUCAUAUUUUCGACACAUUGAUCAAGGUAGUGCUAAACAAGCUAGUGGAUGGAGUCCAGGUUAUACAUUGUCUACUGCUCUCCUUCAAAUUGUUACGUUUUUUGCUGAACCUGAUCUGCCGUAUACGCCAUCUUUACCAAAUAUUAAUCGUUUGCAUGAUAUGGUAAAAAAAUUUAAAUGCUUAACCUGCAGUCAUACAUAUGAUCAACCAAAUCCAACAAUUGUUGAUUAUACCGUAAUAAAUGCUACACAAAUCGAUAAAUCUGAAGAAGAAGAAUUAAAAUUGCAACGUGAAUUAAUAGAAAAAUUAACAUGUGGUGUAACAAAACUAAAUAUUUUAGAAGAUAAAAUUUGUUUAGGUUAUCCAUUAUUAAUAAAACGUGAUCGAUAUGGUCGUUUAUGGUCAGACCUUAUUUUAGAACUUAUUUCAUAUGAUGCAUAUGUUGCUGAAAUACAAAAAUCCGGUGAAAAUAAAUUAGAUUAUUAUGAAAAUUUUAAAUUUCGUUCAGUAACAGGAAAAGAUUAUAAUCAUUGGUUACCAAUAUAUAUAAAUGAAGAACAUUUUCAAAGAUGUCAAACACUUAUUCAAAAUAGUAUUAGUAUUAUUUAUAAUGGUACUGCUUUAGGUAGUACUCAAUAUGAUUUUAAACCUUCAAUGGCUUUAAGUGUUCUAACAACAUUAAUAAAUAAAUCAGGUGUACAAUUAUUUAAUGGACAAAUGUUUGAAUCAAAACAUGCUAUUGAAGCGUAUUGUCAUUUUUUACGUUUAUUAAUGCAUUUUAUUGAUAUUUAUCCUGAAUUAGAUUAUCAAAUUAAUGAUACUAUUGAAAAUUUUACUAAAGAUUUAGAUAAGCGAAAUAAAAAAUGUGUAUCUGAUAUUGGUGAAUUUUUAAUAAAAAUUGCGUUAUCAAAAAAAUAUUCAUUUGAAAAUAUAAAAGAAUAUGUUUAUGAAGAAUAUUUUGCUCGACAAAUCUAUUGGAUUCAACGUAGUAACAUAAUCGAAAAUUUACUUGAUAUACAAACUCAACACCUACCUCAAAUAUUUCAAUCUGUUAAAGUAUCAAAUCAUUUAUUAGUAUUCAAUUUAGAAAUGGCUGCAACAUUUAUUUCUACUAGUGUAAAACAACAUUUGGAUCGAUCAUAUGGAUAUCCAUCGGAUAUUGUCGUUGAAAAAUUUCAACAACGAUUAAAAGCUAUUAAAUCUAUGAAUCAAUACAGUGAUCUUGUUAAAGUUAUUAAAAUGGAUACGAUAAUUCAAUCACCGAAAGAUAUGAUUGACUUGUUAAUACGUUCAAUUAAAAUAUCAAAUAAACAAGGUUAUACAAAUAUAUUAUCGGCUGCGGAAGAACAAGAUCAAAAACUCGAUCAACGAACACGAUAUAUAAAGCAACAGCAAUAA